AUAGCAAUUGUAGUUCUGGUUAGGCUGUUUUAAACCUAAUUAAUUUGUCAGAAAACCUUGAUUCCACAUCAUGUGAACAAGUUGCCUCAGUCAUUAUUAAAAACAAGAUGAAGCAAGAAGGCAUAGAGAAAGGCCAAUCUUUUAAAAUAUCUACAGGUGGGAAUUCAUUAACUUUAACCAUUGUAACUAAAGAUAAAUCUUACAGCAAGUCUUUCAAUCAGAUAUCAUUCCAAACAGUUAUGGAGUUAACUACUAUACUAGAAUUAACAAAAAAUCAAACAAAAAAAAUGAUAUCAAGUCUGCGUAAGAAUCUAGGGUUGUCUACUGUUGUUGAGAACAAUGUAGUUAGCAUGAUGACAUCAUUGCAACAAGAAAUUGAGUCUAAAUAUAAAAUAGAGCAAGAUGAUUUUAUUUGGAAUGAUGAAACUGUAACAAGAGAUAUAGUAUUCCUUCAUGACACUUCUGAAUUUAUUCUUAGUAGUUCUUAGUUUAAUGGAAAGAAGUUUAGAUCCUCUUUCCAGUAUGGUACGUGUAUCCAUUAAUGGAGGUCAAGGAUUUCUUAAAGUAAUUGUAAAUGUCUUUGACAAGACCAAUAAAAAUGAAAUACACAUCAUCCUGAAGUUGAAAUUAAUCACUUAGUUCCAUCACCAGAAUUACAUCUUCUUAUGGGGAUUGUGACACUACUUAGUAGACAACUUUUAGAUCAUUGGCCUCUGUUUACGAAUUGGCUUAAAGAGGAUUAUAUUUUACUUCAUGGUUAUCAUGGGAUAGGCUUUGAUGGUAAUAAUGCCAGAAAACUAUUAGAAAAAGUAGAUAUUUUAGAAAGAGAUAUUUUAGCAUCUCAAACUAAUUUGAUACCUAUUGUUCAUUGCCUCAGAAAGUUUUCGAAAGUUAAAGAGUACACAUUUGGACAAGAAUUAGGCAGUAAUGUUUCUUCAGUUAUUGAAGAGUUCAAAGUAUCAUUUUUUGACCUUCAGCAGUAUGCAAAAAUACAUUUAAAUGCAGAGCUGAAUGUUACUUGGAAAGUGCAUAUAGAGGUUUGUCAUAUUCUCUCAUUUGUCAAAUUUAACUCUUUUUCUCUUGGGUCAUAUGCUGAACAGACUGGUGAGGCUGUUCACAGUGCCUUAAAAAAAAAAAAUACAGUGC